AACUUGACCAAGAACACUUGUUAUCACCGGCUCAUAAGUAACUCAUCCAAAUCAUGCAUCCUACCUUUCGACUCGGUGUGCACAAACCACUCAUUCGCUUCAUUGGCAAGCGACAAUGGCCUUCGAAGCCAGAGCCACAACAUCCUCACCCCUUCGCACCUGCUGAGCUGAAGAAGGCAUUCUCGGACUUUGUGUCAAAGUUCCAGAGUUCUGGGGCACAAGCUGGGUUGAGCAGUACUCAACCUGCGACGUCGCAGCCUAAGUCGGGCCCGAACGUACAUGUUUACCAAGAAUUCUGGCAAGCACCAGAAAGGCUGUGGAAAUCUGACCUGAGCGAGGAAGAGGUCGAGCUGGCGAUGAGCGGCGGUGCUUCAAGAUACUGAACCGUUCCGCUCUAACGUACUGUACACCGAAUUAUUCAAUAACGUCUAUCUUACCUGAAUGAUGACACAAUAACGUUAAAGACCUCCCUCUUAUACAAGGUAUGAUAAGCCG